AUGGGAACUGAGCUCAUCUCAAUUAUCAACACUAAGUAUUGCAAACCUGCUUCUAUCAAUAUAAAGAUUGAAACUGACAAGGGUGUCGCAUACAUCAACAACGAAGUCAUUUUUCGUAUUCAUGAACCUUCUUUCUCACUCGAGGACCGUCGUGUUAUAUACGAUGUUUCUGGAAACCCUGUUUUCACUCUAUCAAAGAAGAUAAUAUCGAUGCAUGAUAGAUGGAGAGUUUUCAAAGGUCAAAGCACAAAUUCCAGUGAUUUGCUGUUUUCAGCGAAGCGAUCAACGUUUUUAAUCCCAGAAAAGAAGAAUAUUGAUCUUAAUGUGUAUCUGGCUAAAAAUACCAAAGAAAGUGUGUGGGACUUUAAGGUUUGCGCUGGUGCUGAGAAAAGGUCUUGCGAUAUUUGUGCUCAUGGAUCGUCUACCCUUCUUGCCAAGAUGACGAAGAAUAAAGAGGCCUUCGAGGUAGAGGUUCAACCAAACGUGGAUUAUGGCUUCAUAGUUGCACUGCUUACCAUUGUUGAUGAGAUCAAACACACUGAGUCUUCGUCUACCAAUUAUAAUGAUGAAGUCAAGGUUGCGGAAGCAGCUCUGAAUACCAUAUCUGUGGGUGCAAACACUUAUAAUAAUAACAACAUAGUAACUACUUUAGAUGAUGACACAAAUGGAGAGGCUGGUUAA